AUGUCGCGAUAUGCGAUAUCUCAAAGAUUUAAUAGUACAAUUGUUGAGCCUGUGAAAGGUGAGAAGGGUCAUGUGGUGGAGACUGGCGAGGUUGUGGAUGAGACUGAUGAUGUCGUGAAUGAGUUUGAGGGUAGUGAAAUUGUGGAAGAGGUCAGGGCCUCUGUUGAGGUUCUUGUUGAGAGUAAGGUUGGUGGGGCUGGUGAGGCUAAGGGUGAGGCUGAUGCUGGUGAGGCUGAGGUUGAGGCUGACACUGAGGCUCGUGCUGACGCUGACGCACAGGCUGCCCCCGUUUCCCACGACUUUGCACCCACCUCCCAGGUUGAAGAUUCCUUAAUGCACCCGAAAGUCAAAGCUGCCUUCAUGAAAAUCAUUGGUAGCACUUUGACUGCUGUUCAACAAAAAAGUAUGAAUGAUUUUAUAGAGUCCAAGGCUGGUAUUGUUGUUAGAGCAAAGACCGGUACCGGUAAAACUUAUGCGUUCGGAAUUCCUGUUAUGCAUGACAUGGUUAUUCAUAGUUAUUCCAAAAAGAAUAUGAACGUUAAUCACUUUGUGAAUACGGUGAUUUUCUCUCCAACGAGAGAUUUGGCUACUCAGACUAGUGAAUCUCUAUCGAAAGUCUGGAAGUUGGUGAGUCCAAGGACCUAUAAGAAUGAUAUUGCACUUAUUAUGGGCCAGAUGCCCAAGAGUAUCAACUUGAGAUCCUUCCAUAAGUCCGAUAGAAUUCCAAGAAUCGUUGUGGCUACUCCGGGAAGAUUUAUCGACUUAUUCGAGAAUGAAUCCAGUUUCAGAAACUCCAUGAAGCACUUGAAGAACAUCAUUAUCGAUGAGGCUGACGAGUUGUUGAACAGUAACUUCAAAGAAGAUAUGACAGAUAUUAUAUCUGGUUUGCAAAAGGUCAGAGAGCCUAUUCCUGAUGCCAAGGAUGACAUCGGUCGUGCCAAAACCAUGCUUUUCUCUGCUACUAUGGACAGUGAUGUGUUUGAUUUGGCCAAAACUGCCAUUGGGGAACAUUUCCCAUUCAUUGAUAUUACAGAUCAUGGUAGUGAGGUCAAUGAGAACAUCUCUCAAAGCUUGGAGAUCACCGAUAAGAUCUUUGAAUCUUAUGCUGCUGCUGCCAAGUUCAUUGAGGACAAUAAGGAGGAUCCAAACUUUAAGGCCAUUAUAUUUGUGUCCACUACUGCUGGUGUCGAUUUGGCCUAUCGUUUGAUCAAAGAUUCGGUUGAUAAUACUAUUCCUAUUUUCCAGCUUCAUGGAAAGUUGGCUCAGGGACGUCGUAAUAGUCAGCAGAAGGGCUUUAGAUUCCGGAAGAAUGCUGUUUUGGUGGCCUCUAACGUUGCUGCCAGAGGUAUGGACUUCCCUAACGUGUCUCAUGUGCUUCAGAUUGGUAUUUCUCCUGAAGCAUCCAGUCAUACUCAUCGAAUUGGUAGAACUGGAAGAGCGGGUAAAAAAGGUCAAGCCUUACUUAUCGUGACAAAAUCUGAGUUGCCUUAUGUUGACACUCUUAAAAAGCAAGGUAACAAGUUUACAGUGGAGAAAGAAUACGAACAGGAUGAAGAAUUUGAGUCCAAACUACAAAACUUCACCAAAGAAUACGAAGACCUGGAACAGAUCAUCCACUCGUGUUUGAGUUCUUAUGCUUCCGUUCCUCAGGAAGUUGCCAGAGUCAAAAAGGAUAGAAUUGCAAGGGAUUGUAGUGAAUUCUAUCAGUCUUUGAUCGCUGAUGAAACAAAGAAACCUUAUAUGUCUUAUCGUACUGCCUCUAAGAUUGGUAUGGAUACGAGAAUUCUUAUGAAGUUCUUCGAGGUCCCAAGGCAAAGAGAUAAUAGAGGUGGAAAUAGAGAUGGUGACAGCGAUAAAGGUGGUUACAGAGGUGGCAACAGUGGUGGCUACAGAGGCGGCAAUAGUGGUGGCUACAGAGGCGGCGAUAGAGGUGGCUACAAAGGUGGCAACAGUGGUGGCUACAGAGGUGGCGAUAGAGGUGGCAACAGUGGUGGCUACAGAGGAGGCGAUAGAGGUGGCGAUAGAGGUGGAUACAGAGGUGGCAGCAGUGGUGGCUACAAAGGUGGUAACACUGGUGGAUACAGAAGCGAGAACAGAGGUGGUUACAAAGGAGAUUCCAGCUCCUCAAGUCAUCGCUACAACAAUAAGCGUAGUGACUAUUCCGAUAAGAAGUUCUCUGAAGAUGCCCCCGAGUACACUUCUGACAGAACUGGAAACAGGGACUUCAAGUCCAACAGCGAUCAUUCAUUUGACAAAACAAACGACUCCCCAAAAAAGGAUGACUGGAUGACUAGAACGUCAAAGUACCGGUCUGAGGAUUAG